GUCCCCCCGAACCCCUCCGGGGGUGCAGCGCACCCCCUGGCAGUGGUGGCAGGAGGGGACACUGUGACAAGGGCCCUGACCGGUGGGGACAGUGCUGCCCCCCGUUUCUGCACAGCCGGGGAAUAUUUUGGGGAGAUUAUUUACGUUUUUUCUCUUCCCACUGCGUUCCUGAGGGCGAGGGGGCAGACCCCCCCCCAGGUCCCUGUCACUGUCACCCCUCCCUGUCGCAACUCUCGUGUCACCGUCCCCACGCAGCGCACACGCGUGCUCCCGUCUCGCUGGUGGCCAUGCCGGGGGGGAUCUCAGCUGUCCCCAGGUGUCCCCAAAUCGCCACCCCCGAGUGGUGGCACCGGGACCAGCCCGCCCUGGGGACACCUCGGGGGGACACGGGACAGCCCCGGAGCGCCGUGCCUCGGUGACAGAGGUGGCACCGGAGGGGUGUCCCCUGUGGGACCCCCCCGAGGGCCCCCCCGGCCCCGCUGGCUCCGUCAAUCAGCGCUGGCCCCGCUCCCGGUGCCGGAACAUGGAGGGCCCCGAGCUGCUCCGGCUCUGGGCGCUGGCAGCCCUGGCCCUGGGGGUGUCCCUGGCCACUGUCCCCGACCACCACGUCCUCCCCGAGCUCCGCCUCCCCGCCGAGACCGGAGCCAUCUUCGUGCACGAGCUGGAGCGGGAGCCCUUCCUGGAGGCCUUCAGUGGCAGCGAGGAUGACGAUGCCCCGGUGACGUUCCGUGCCCACCUGUGGGGACACCCGGACCUGCCGCGGUGGCUGCGCCUGGCCCAGCGGGGCCCCGGGCAGCCCGGCUUCCUGUACGGCUGCCCGGGGGCACCGGAGCUGGGCACUCACAGCAUCCAGGUGCUGGCCUACAACCGCCACACCUUCGCCACCGCAUCCCAGCGCCUCGUCAUCGCUGUCACCCCUGCCCCAGGUGGGCAGGCGCCGUUCCAGGCCGAGUUCCUGGUGGGGAACAGGGAUGUGGAGGAGCUGCUGCCCGAGGCGGCGCGGGAGCUGUUCCUGCAGGCCUCGGCCGGGCUCUGGGAGCGCGGGGACCUGCACGUGGUCAACGUCACCUCCGCCCUGGACCGUGGUGGCCGCGUCCCGCUGCCCAUCGAGGGCCGCAAGGAGGGGGUGUACGUCCAGGUGGGCUCCCACAGCCCCUUCUCGCCGUGCCUGGCCUCGGCCGUGUCCCCGCAGAGCCGUGCCCGCUGUCACCGCGGCCAGCGUCCCCUGGCCUCCUGCUACGACACCUUCGCCCCCCACUUCUCCAUCCGCUGGUGCAAUCUCACCCUGCUGCAGGUGUCUCCCACCCCCACCCCGCCGGGGCCGCUCUGGGGGCCGGGGGUGCUGGAGGGGGGGGCCCCCUUUGAGCCCCCCAGCGAUGCCCCCCCCCGGGAGCUGCUGUCCCCGUUCCUGGUGACAAUGCUGGUGCCGCUGGCCGUGGCCGCGCUGCUGUCGCUGCUCCUGGGCCACCUCAUGUGCUGCCGCCGGGAGGGAGUGGAAAAACGGGACUUGCAGACGUCUGACCUCCAGCUGUUCCAUCACAGCUCCAUCGCGGGGGACACGCGGGAGCUGCGGCUCAUGGCCGGCAGGCGGGACGUGCCCCGGGACGUGGCCCGGCCGCUCUCCACGCUGCCCAUGUUCAACAUCCGCACGGGACAGCGCACCGACCCCAUGGGCAGCGCCCGAGCCCCGCUGCUGCCGCCCUGAGGGGACCCCGAGCCGGGGACAGCGAGCUGGGGACACCGACAGAGAUGGGGACAGCGACCGGGCUGGGGACAGCGUGUCCGGGGGGGUUUAUGGGGGUAAAACCCCGGUAAGGGUGAGAAGGAGUUGUGGAUCCGGAGGGUUUGGGGUGUCCCCGCUUUUUUUGGGGUGAAUUUUGAGGCAUAAAUUGA